GCAGAUGCUCAGAGGGUCGCUCAGCCCAUUCUUCCAUCUCGCUAUUAAUUUCCAGGGAGAGAAGGAAAUAAAUAUUGUUUUUUAAAAGCGGCGGGCGGAGCAGGAGGGAGCCGCCGCCGCCCCAUCGGCUCGCCCAGCCCGCUGGCCCGUCACUCAGAGGCGCCGCCCCGCCUCGCUGUCAGGGAAAGCCCGGCCGGCUGAGGCGAAGCGAGCGUCUCGCUGGGCGGCCGGGAAGGCGCGCUGCGGCCGGUGCUUCUCCGCCGCUUCCUCCUGCCGUGACAGCGAGCGAGCGAAGGCCGCGCCAUGCUGGGAGGCGAACGCCGCGAGUAGGCCGCGAAGCCGCGGCCUCGCGUAGCCGCGCUGCCCGAGGGCCAUGCGGUAGCGGCCGGGCUGGCGGCGAGCGCCGUCCCGCGGGCUUCUGCCACCUCCGUCGGCGCCUCCCUCUCCUCCAUGUGGCUGCAGCAGCGGCUGAAGGGGCUGCCGGGCCUGCUGUCGAGCAGCUGGGCGAGGCGCCUGCUAGCCUCGCUGGCCUUCCUGCUGGUGGCCUACUGGUACCUCGGAGGGGCCUGGCCGCGCCUCCUGCCCUGGAGGCCCCGGCAGCCGCCCGGGGGCGCGGCGGGGCUCUGCUUGCAGGCCGAGACCCGCGCCUGGCAGGCCUGGGCCGCGCAAGGAGACGCCAGGCUCCUCCUGCAGGCCGGGCGCCCGGUGGGCACCGGCGACGAUGCCAACUCCCCGCCUGCCCUGGCGGGCAACGGCUACCUGCUCCUGGACGCCGCCGCCAACCGGCUGUGGGUGGCCGCCUCGGCGGCGGCAAAGGGCCCGGCCUUGGCGCACGCCACCGAGUACUUGGCGCUGGCGCAGCUGCGCGCCCCGGCCGGCGCCGUUUCCGAGGUGGGCGCUGCCGUGGCCAUGCUGAAGGAAGGCGCCAUCCGUUGGGUCCGCUGCAUCCAGACCGGGCCGGCGUCUUCCGACGCAGCCACGGGCGGCUGCGUCACCGUCCGCGAGGAGCUGUUGGCACACCGCAGCCGGCCGCAUCUCUACCUGCACCGCGUGGCCGUCGCCAACCCCACCGACCGCCUGGUGGCCUUUGAGGUGUCCGGCCCGGCCUCGGCAGCCGCGGGGGGCGCCGGCAGCGGGAAGUUCAUCACCAGCAUGGAGAAAGCGGGCGACAGGCAGUUCUUCCUCUCCUCUGGCCGGGUGCUGCAGGCUGUCGGAGGCAAGGUGGUCUUGGUGGUGGUGGCGGCCAUGAAGCUCGUCAACCGGGUGCAGGUGGCGCCGAAAUCCCAGUUCGAUGAGACCUUGCUGUCCGUCGUCCACACCUCGGAGCCCGUCGAGGCGUCCCGCCUGGAAGAAGCCUUCGGCGAGCUCCGUGAGGCCGCCAAGAAAGAGAUGCUGGAGGUCAUGACCAUGAGGACAGAGGACUUGAUCCAGGAGCACCGGCAAGCUUGGGCCGACCUGUUUAUCUCAGGGGUCGAAAUGAGGAAGAUCACCGACGCUCACACCCCCUCCAGUGACACCGUCAACAUGACCCUCUAUUACGUCCUGUCCACCACGCCAUCGCCCCUUCUUGACCCCCUCAUCAGCAGCGAGGAAAGGGAGAAAAUGGAAGCCGCCUUGAACUAUGCCGACCACUGCUUCAGUGGGCACGCCACGAUGCACGCAGAGAACCUGUGGCCGGGCCGGCUGUCGACGGUCCCCCAGAUCCUCCAGCUCUCGAACUUGUGGAAGCUGACUCUGCAGAAGCGGGGAUGCAAAGGCCUGGUUGCCACCGGGGCCCACGGCCUCAUGCAAGGGAUGGUGCUCAGCUUUGGGGGUCUUCAGUUCACGGAAAACCACCUCCAGUUCCAGGCCGACCCGGAUGUGCUGCACAACAGCUACUCCCUGUGGGGGAUCCAUUACAACAAGGACCUGAUCAACUUGGCGGUCCUGCUAGACGCGGACGGGAAGCCCUUCCUGCACGUGUCUGUGAAGUUCCAGGAGAAGCCAGUGAAGCUGUAUGCCUGCGAGGGAGGCUGCUCCAACGACCCCAUCGAGCUGACCUCAGAGCCACGUGGACACACGUUCCCUGUCAUGGUGACGCAGCCCAUCACCCCGCUGCUGUACAUCUCCACGGACCUGGUCCACCUGCAGGACCUGAGGCACACCCUGCAUCUGAAGGCCAUCCUGGACCACGAAGAGCACAUGGCGAAGCAAUAUCCUGGCCUGCCUUUCCUCUUCUGGUUCAGCGUGGCCUCCCUUAUCACCCUCUUCCACUUGUUCCUCUUCAAACUCAUUUACAAUGAGUACUGUGGGCCGGGGGCCAAGCCCCUCUUCCGCAGCAAGGUGUAAACCCUCAGCCAGGCGUGGCUCGGAUGCCUGAUCAUUGGGAAACUGAAUCAGCCUCUUGGGUUUUCUUUGUUUUAAUCCUUUGCCUCCACGGAAGCAGGGAGGCGUCACUCCUGUGGACAAGCAGUGUGUGUGCGAGUAUGCGUAGAAGGCAGCAAGAUCUUGCUAGGAAAACUAUGAAGGGGAAGGAGCCCAAAAUCCUUAAAAAAAAAUGCACUGUUUGCUCCUUGAUCAAGGGUGGGUGGGUUGAUAUUAGCACAGUUUCUGUUCCGGUGGGGCCCUCGUGGACCACCGCUGCAUCAAAAUGAUCUCUAGCGGCUGUCCCAAAAGUAGCGCACCAGCUAAAAUGCUCCGAGCUCGCUGCGUUGUUGUCCCAGGACCCGCAAAAGAAGGGGGAUUUGUUUGAGAGAAAGUGCUAAGCUAAUAUUAAGACACGUGCACAGAUUUCCCCUGAAAAGAAAAAGGUUGGUGUUAACUAGCCUUCUGUGUUUGGGGCAGGGCAGGGGGGAAUCUGCUGCAGCUCCUGGAAGCAGGAGAACUUUUGGUGGCUUGUUGUUAGAUUCUCCUGGACGCGCCGAGUUCAGGGUGCAAUUAACGUAGAGAGGAGCCAGAGGACUGAGGCUGUGUAGCUUCUACCUCCAGCAUGCUCUAGUCUUGAAGAAAAGGAGGCUCUCCUCGACAGGUGGACUGUUCAGUAUUUGGCGACGGUUGAAUAAACUGAGCAGUGACUGGGAGGGCUUCUAGUAGCUAGCCUUAGAUAGGGAUGGGAGCAGCUGAAAAGGCGUGCGGGAUUUGGGCGUUGCGCAUCCCACAAGCACAGAUGAGGCAGGGAAGUUCUGGGGGCCUGAUUGACUUGUAAUUGUAACAGCUCUGAAGGCCAGAUUUCAGUGUAAAAAAAACAGACGAUGGCAGAGUGGAAGCUCUUUCCAUUUAAAAAUAAUUUUGUUAAAAUGCAACCGAGGGAGAAAGGCAGCUGGAAGCCCUUUGCAUAAAGUGUGUAUACUACUGGAAAUUCGCACUCUUUGCUUUCGCUCCUCUGUGCGUGCCUUGGUGUUCGCCUUUGCUGUUGAAAGAUCUAAAGUACCUCUUGCUGCCUCCUCCUCCUCCUUCACAUUUCAGUUUCAUUAUACAAUCUUGUAACAACUCGCUGCCUGUAGCCCCCUGAAAAAGUUGCCCCCAAAGGACACUCAUUCAGGGCGGGGCUUCGCUAGGCUGCCCCCUGAAACGGCAACCCUGAGCCAGCUCAGCACCUUCCCUGCUCACCUCUUGCAGAUCUCUACGCCUGGCGCCACAUCGCCAUGACAGCUCCACAGCCUUGCGAAGGGCAGCCCAGGAAGUGGAGCCAGGAUUCUUUUUUGGGGGGGGGGGGGUAGCUGUCCAUACAGUGUUGAUGCAUUUGAGAUUUUGCUAGACCAGCCUUCACCAGCCUUGUUGUUUUGCAUUACAACUUCCAUCCAGCACAGCUAAGGGGACUUAUAGUCCAAAACAUCUGGAGCACUUCAGGGUUGAGGAAGGCUUUACUAGACCUUACCGAAGGAGGGGGGGGGAAGAGGCGAGAGAGCUUGCCUUCCUGUAGAGGUGCCAUCAACAGUUUCCUGCUUCAAAACAACACAAGUUUGUAUAGCAAAAAAUUUGGCUUUAGAGUUGGAAGCGGCUUGCUAACGUUAAAAAGUUUUUAGGAGCUGCCGCUGCUCCUCUGUGUGUAGGCCCAUGCAUAUGUUAUUUGAAGAUAGGCAGCGGGCGGGGUGGGAGGCAACAAGGGAGUGGCUUUUUAAACUGUGCUGAACGUGUGCUAUUAACUGAACCAAAAGAUCACUGUUGUCUCGAGUGAGUGGCUGACUCAUGCAUCUCUCUCUCAGAAGCUUUCCCUGAGUUAGCAAGUGGUGGACAAGCCCUGGAGUUGGAGAGCAAGGACUCUUUGAAAGCAACAUACCCUUUUGUGCCUUGAUUGGGGGGGGGAUGGAAAUGUUGUGGCACUUAGAGAAUUUAUACUGGCACUCGAGUCACUUACCAUCUCUUAUUUUUUUAAACUCCCCCUCAUACAGUCUGUCAGCUUCCAUUAAAAUUUGCUCUCUUUCAGUGGAGAAUACUUGAAAAUUACAUGAUGGCUUUUUAUUUUGAUGUUUAAUGUUAAUAGGAAAUUAAUGAACUCUCAACUUCUCCCUCCACAUACACAUCCUUUUUUUUUGUUCCCUAGCCUAAUUGAAGAAUCCCCCCCCAAUGGAAUGUUGCCUCAUUUCUUUAUGUACUUUAAUUUAUGGUUGUUAAAUUUGGGACGUUGAUCCUUUUCAUUGCAGUGCUGACUCUUGAGAGUGAAUAACAACAGCCAAUUAAGGAUGUAUAUGUGUCUAUAUCUCACUGGUUAAUCUAGUGCUGGUAAUGGAUUUUUCAGCCUACUCUGUAAGCAUAAUGUUCAAAAUAACUUAACAUUUGGGGGAAGGGGAGGGCGUUGAACUGUUAUUUCUUGAUUCAAACCUGUUGCAGUAUCCUGUUUUCUAAGUUUCUGAAUUGUGGGGAGGCAUAGACUUUCUGAUGAUUUGAAUGUGAUUGUUUUAUUUAAAAUACCAAAGGUUUUUGGGUUCUGUUUUUUUUUAAGAAAUAAAAACCUUUCAGAUCUACA